CAUUGAACUUUAGAGUUCCCUGUGUUAAGAGAAGAACUUGCUUUAUUAACUGCAACUAUCAAACCCCGGGAUUUCAGAUGAAAGAAUGAGUUAAGAAGAGAGAUCCCAUUGUUUCUAGAUACCCGUGAAAGUGACUCCUUUACUUUACUUGGGGCAUGCCCCUAAUAAAUAAACUUCCUAUGGCAAAUGCCAAAGCCAAGCUUACUUAAUUGAAUCUUUUAGUUUGAAAGCACAGUGGAAUCUGGAUCUGCGAGAUAUGGAUAUGAAAGAGGAUAUGCUCGAACCGGACCGCAUCUCUAGUUGCACAUAGAUAAUCUGCUGGUGGACCCCCUUUCCUUUCUUUGAUUCAAAACUCGGUCGAAUACGUCGUUCACCUUUGUGGUGGAUCGACGAGAGUGCGCCUAGCCAGGAGUGUGAUUGGUGUCACCUUCCGUGCGCUAGCUGUGCCUUUGCCGGAUGUUUAUUCGCCCACUCCUUCACAGAGCGAUGACUAAGAGUCGGGAAUUCUCAUUUAGUAGAGCCUGAAAGCCGCGCUUGGCUUGAUUCCUACCACGGACGGGGAUACGUUUCAUCCAUAUCGCCGGCCUCACAUGGACGGAGAUGCUUAUGCUUAUCAUAUCACGGCUUCCUAAGAUGCUAACACAGGGGCAACUAUUGCUACGGGAGCUUAUUGGUGGAGCAAGAAGAGUGGAGUAAUGUCCACGUGGAAAUUUAUUUUUUUUCAUUUGAAUUAAACAUCAAGAGCUUCCUCGUUUCGUACUCAACUCAAUCAGUAGAUCAAUGAUUCGAAUGCGCAUCCCUAUCCAGUCAAUAAAGAAAGAUUAGGUUCGCGCUUCAGCCUUUAUUUGAUUCGAAAGAAAAACGAAGAAAUCUCGUUGUCGCGGGCAGGCCUAUGUACCAUCUGUAUACUCGAGAGACGAGUUGACAGGAAGAGAGUAAUAAAACAUGGUCAGGUCAUCUGGAUCGUUUCAUCGAGCAACAAAUGGGUGGGCGACCCUUCUUGCUUGGCCGUCAAAGAGAGGAUAGGAAUUGGCUUAACUAUCGGAGUUGCUAGCAGAUCGAAAUCGGAGGGAAUCAGUGCCAAUCAGUCACUUAUACAGCCAGCCUUGGAAUCAGAUCAGUCAUUCCAGCAAACGUAGGCUUUAAAGCCGGAGUGCGUCAGGUUGCUUCUUCGAGUCGAUCCAUAUCAAAUAGCUUGAUUGGUCGAAUGACCAGGAGGGGCUAAAGCCAUUCACCGCCUUUUCCAAAGGAUUCUCGCGUCCCCUUUCCUUCCUAAAAUCUGCCUCCAGCAAGAUAUCGAUAUAUGAUGAAGACUCCAGUCGUCGGUGAAAUCGAACCUAGGUUUCGGGGAGCUGGGCAGAAGGAAAAAGAUGCCGUCUAGCUACGGAUCAUAGUGACCGCUAUUAAAGAGCAUCACGUGCGAGCUAAAAAGAUCGUUUGCCCAAAUGCCAAAAGCAAAUGAACCAAUUCACUUGAGUGAAAAGGAGGGCUUUUCCUUCUUUCAUCUCAAGCUCCCGCAUCACCCGAUUGAGUCUUAUCAUCGGCAACAGCCAAGCCCAUUUUGUUUAAGGGCUGGGCAAAGCUCUGAAAUACUCGAGAUUGUCUCCUUCUAAUCGAGGCAAGGAUUUCUUAAAUGAAAGGAAGCUUUUUUCAGGCUCUUGGCAGUUAACGAAAUGUCAUCUAAGAGCAGAUGCCCUCCUCCUCACCGACUCUUCCACUCUAAGCUUAUUACUAGGCCAAAUUUCAUAGUUAUCCGAGAUAGAAAGAAGUAGGUCUCGCUUUCUGUGCGGCAUGAACCCACUGAUUGGAAGACAAUACCUAUAGGGGGCUGGUAAUUGAAAUCCGAAUAAGCUGGUCAAGUAGAAGGAACUCCCAGAGUGUGAAGCCCCUUGGAGUAGGGGUAGGGGGAUGAGACUUGGUCUGGGGCAAUUGCACCGUUCUCUCCCUCCGCACAUGACUAAUCGAGAACGAACUUCGCAAUUAGAAUGACUCGACCUUCUCAGGCACUGCGGAAUGGUCCCAGAAAGGAGUCGAAGAUUCCAGUCCUGUCGAAGGCUAAGUCCCUGGAAUCUUCGACAGUAGGGUCAGAAUCAACCUAGUUCUCAUAGCAGGGAGUAGCGACUGCUUAGUCUGGUAAGCUUGUGCUGCAAUUCCUUAAUUGACUUGCUCUUGGACUUUGUUCCAGACUGGUAGGCAGCUUGUGUGCGGGGUGAAAGGACGAGAACCUGCUGGCAUCGAUACCGCCUUUCUUUAGGGACUGACUUCUUCAUUAGCUGUCAUCACUCUAUGGGCUAGCCCGCUUGAGCGAGUUCCUCACGAUUGCUCCUUGUGAUGCAGGGGACUCCCUAUCAAGCCCUCUUGAUCAAUUUGAGAUAAUCCCAUUGAUAAAGGAGAAUCUUUCUCUUUUUGCAUUCGUUUUCUUAGUAAUUUUAACCUUGCUGUUCUACAUAUACAAGAGGGGGUUCAUCAAGCAACAUUUCAAAUACGUGGAAUUGGUAAUUGAGUUCAAUAGUGAUAAGGGUCAUAAUAUAUAUUGUUCCAAGUUUUGCGUGUCCCAUAAAGGAAGAGUUAUGGAAUUUUACCAAAAGGAAAAAGAAGGAAGUCCUCAAGGGGAAUCUUAUAUUGAGAAGGAAGGAUAUAAAAAGGAUAAGGGAAUCCUUAAUGGGUUUGUUGAAAUGGAGAAAAGGCAAGAACGAUAAAGGCGACGGCGCACGUUUACCUACAAGGCGUAUUGGUUAUAACAUUUGAAUUUCUCUUACAUUCCACGUUUCCGAAACGGAUCCUAUCAAAUAUUUUACAUUUUCUAUGAUCAUCUCUAUUUUAGGUAUUCGGGGAAUCCUCCUUAAUAGACGAAAUAUUCCUAUUAUGUCAAUGCCAAUUGAAUCAAUGUUAUUAGCUGUGAAUUCGAACUUUUUGGUAUUUUCCGUUUCUUCGGAUGAUAUGAUGGGUCAAUCAUUUGCUUCAUUGGUUUCAACGGUGGCAGCUGCGGAAUCCGCUAUUGGGUUAGCCAUUUUCGUUAUAACUUUCCGAGUCCGAGGGACUAUUGCUGUAGAAUUUAUUAAUAGCAUUCAAGGGUCAGGGCCUUUCUCGCUGGGCGAAUUGAGUUCCACGAAUAUGCCUAGAAAGAUGCUAUUUGCUGCUAUUCCAUCUAUUUGUGCAUUAAGUUCGAAGAAGAUCUCAAUCUAUAAUGAAGAAAUGAUAGUAGCUCGUUGUUUUAUAGGCUUCAUCAUAUUCAGUCGGAAGAGUUUAGGUAAUACUUUCAAAGUUACUCUCGACGGGAGAAUCCAGGCUAUUCAGGAAGAAUCGCAGCAAUUCCCCAAUCCUAACGAAGUAGUUCCUCCGGAAUCUAAUGAACAACAACGAUUACUUAGGAUCAGUUUGCGAAUUUGUGGCACCGUAGUAGAAUCAUUACCAAUGGCACGCUGUGCGCCUAAGUGCGAAAAGACAGUGCAAGCUUUGUUAUGCCGAAACCUAAAUGUUAAGUCAGCAACACUUCCAAAUGCCACUUCUUCCCGUCGCAUCCGUCUUCAGGACGAUCUAGGCACAAAGUUUCACUUAUUAGUUAGGAGGAGAUUUUGCCCCCAGUGUAUCUCGAAAGCAGAAAAAAUAGAACUCAUUCGAGAGAGCUUGGUGGUCUUAAGAAUGGUUCGGGUGGGGGGUUCUAUUAAGAAUAAAUAAGACGAAUAGAAUCUAAUUCAUGUUCAUGCUAACAGAAGAGCGGAUCCAAUACACAGACAACUUCUUUCUCAAAAAGUACUUGCUGCACUUCUUUCUCAUGAAGCUGCUUUGCAAGAAAGGAGUUAGUUCCCUCCGGGGGUGGGGUUCUGAGAGCCCAUGCUUCCUACGCUCCAGCCCUUAGCCCUUAACUCCUUAGCACAAGCACUAAGUAAGCCCGUGAAGGCCUUCAAUAUCGCACCUACUAGGACUGAAAUUUCGUUUUCGAAGAGGACUACUUCUUUCUUUUCUGUACGCUAGGGUCGUUCGGGCGGAAAACCGAGUUGCGUACUGGGUUAAGCUUAGUCCUUUGGACCUUUCAAUCAAUCUCGCAACUUUUUUAGAUUAGCUAGGGCCGCCCGCACGCUUUAAGGGUUGUUGAAGGUAUUGCACUAAGAAAGACUCCUGCCGUUGCUAUGCUAAAGGUAAUAUUUUCUUUGAAAGCCGCUCCAGCAAUUUAUUUAAAAAAAGAAGAGCAAGACAAGAAAGAUAAGGCUCGAAAGCUGCGAAUAAAGUCGAGCUGCUCUAAUCGAGCUGUGAAAUCGGUGUGGUGAGGUAUUGGAAGUGUUCAGCGAAUUUAGAUAAAGACACUAAAAAAGAGCACCGUGCUAUACUGGCGGAGCUUCAGCAAAACUAGGUAGGUAGCUUUCGCUAAUGAGAGAUGGAUUUGGGGAUUCGAUUAGGUCUCCUAAUUCAUGGAAUUCGUUUUCUCUUUAUUAGUUUAUUUUUAAAGCAGCAUUCUCCCUUGACUCGAUCUUUCAUUGAAUUAUCGAUAGAACGUUGAUCAAUAUUCAGGAAGAGAUCGAGGAUCACAGCAGGAUCCUAUCUGAUCUUUGUCAACACAGGACUCGAAGCCCCCUGCUCAAACUAAAGGGUAAUCCUUCGGAAUUGAAAAUUCCUAUCUUUCGGAUUUCUUAUAUUAAUUAUAGUGGAGGGGAGAAGACUCAUUUUGAAUUCUAUUAUCUAUAUAGGGGGGGAGCCAUUGUGAAGCCUAGAGAGGCGGAAGCGGCAAAUCGCUUCUACCGAGUUCCACAACAGCAGCUUAGCUUAGUAGCUUAACUCUUUCUACUGGCGU